AUGAAAAACCUCUCUCUCAUUUCAAUUGUGGUUUUUUUGAGUAAUUUGAUGCCGGCGCUCGCCAAUCAGGAUUAUCUUUGUAAUGGCCUGCCGAUUAAGUGGGAUGAAAUUUCUGACAAAGUUGACGAAAAAUACAAUGAGUUGAUAGUAGAUCCGUGGCAUUAUGACCGCAGUGGAGGCGAUCAAUUUGGGGAAGUGGUCUUCUCAAAGCACUAUACUAAUGAUUCUCCAUCGUUACUUCUUACCGUAAAAUUUACAAAGGACAAAACAGUCACGAAAGUGACGGCUAUUAUUCACGAUGUCCACUAUGAAUGCCGGCCGGAAGAGAGAUAUGAAAGGGCGAGUAGAGGAUGA